CAGAAGCAGAAAGACGCAGGUCCUUGACAAAUUACCGAAAUCGCGCAGAGAUUAUAGCAAAAUUCUGCCAACUCUAACUUGGGGAUAAAGCUCCCUUAUUAUUCUCGUAGCUAAUAAUAUUAAAAACGCGGCGACUGAGACCUGUUUUUAGCUAAACAGACGACCUCCUGGACCACUCCGUGGCCCCAGCAGAGAGGUCAUCAGGUGACAAAGGCGGCACUCCUCACUCUGGCCUCUGCUCGCGGGCGGCGCAGGCCUAGGGGAGGCCUGAAGGGACUAGUUGGCGCGCACCAGCCGGGCGUGGUGACGUCAGGGCGGAAGCGCACGCUGCGUGAAGCGGCCCAGAAUCAGGCGGUCACGGGAAUAUCCGUCGCGCCGAGGACGCUGGUUAGUCUCGCUCUGGGUUCCGGCUGCGUUGGGCGUGCGUGCAGCUCGCUGAGACUAUGGCGUCCGGGCCUCACCCGACCGCGACCGCUGCCGCCGCCGCCUCGUCGGCCGCCCCGAGUGCGGGCGGCUCUAGCUCCGGGACGACGACCACGACGACGACUACGACGGGAGGGAUCCUGAUCGGCGACCGCCUGUACUCGGAAGUUUCGCUCACCAUCGACCACUCGCUGAUUCCGGAGGAGCGGCUCUCCCCUACCCCGUCUAUGCAGGACGGGCUCGACCUGCCCAGCGAGACCGACUUGCGCAUCCUGGGCUGCGAGCUCAUCCAAGCCGCCGGCAUUCUCCUCCGGUUGCCGCAGGUGGCGAUGGCAACGGGGCAGGUGUUGUUUCAUCGUUUUUUCUACUCCAAGUCUUUCGUCAAACACAGUUUCGAGAUUGUUGCCAUGGCUUGUAUUAAUCUUGCAUCAAAAAUUGAAGAAGCACCUAGAAGAAUAAGAGAUGUGAUUAAUGUAUUUCACCACCUACGCCAGUUAAGAGGAAAAAGGACUCCAAGCCCCCUGAUCCUUGAUCAGAACUACAUUAACACCAAAAAUCAAGUUAUCAAGGCAGAGAGAAGGGUGCUAAAGGAGUUGGGAUUUUGUGUUCAUGUCAAGCAUCCCCAUAAGAUCAUUGUUAUGUAUUUACAAGUCUUAGAAUGUGAACGUAAUCAAACCCUGGUUCAAACUGCCUGGAAUUAUAUGAAUGACAGUCUUCGAACCAAUGUAUUUGUUCGGUUCCAACCAGAGACUAUAGCAUGUGCUUGCAUCUACCUUGCAGCUAGAGCUCUUCAGAUUCCAUUACCAACUCGUCCCCAUUGGUUUCUUCUUUUUGGUACUACAGAAGAGGAAAUCCAGGAAAUUUGCAUAGAAACGCUUAGGCUUUAUACCAGAAAAAAGCCAAACUAUGAAUUGUUGGAAAAAGAAGUAGAGAAAAGAAAAGUAGCCUUACAAGAAGCCAAAUUAAAAGCAAAGGGAUUAAAUCCCGAUGGAACUCCAGCCCUUUCAACCCUUGGUGGAUUUUCCCCAGCCUCUAAACCAUCAUCACCAAGAGAAGUGAAAGCUGAAGAGAAGUCACCAAUCUCUGUUAACGUGAAGACAGUCAAGAAAGAACCUGAGGACAGACAACAGGCUUCCAAAAGCCCUUAUAAUGGUGUAAGAAAAGACAGCAAGAGAAGUAGAAACAGCAGGAGUGCAAGUCGAUCAAGGUCAAGAACACGAUCACGUUCUAGAUCACAUACUCCAAGAAGACAUUAUAAUAAUAGGCGGAGCCGAUCUGGAACAUACAGCUCAAGAUCAAGAAGCAGGUCCCGCAGCCACAGUGAAAGUCCAAGACGACAUCAUAAUCAUGGUUCUCCUCACCUUAAGGCCAAGCAUACAAGAGAGGAUUUAAAAAGUUCAAAUAGACAUGGUCAUAAAAGGAAAAAGUCUCGUUCUCGAUCUCAGAGCAAGUCUCGGGAUCACUCAGAUGCUGCCAAGAAACACAGGCAUGAAAGGGGACAUCAUAGGGACAGGCGUGAAAGAUCUCGCUCCUUUGAGAGGUCCCAUAAAGGCAAGCACCAUGGUGGCAGUCGCUCAGGACAUGGCAGGCACAGGCGCUGACUUUCUUCCUUUGAGCCUGCAUCAGUUCCUGGUUUUGCCUAUUUACAGUGUGAUGUAUGGACUCAUAAAACAUUAAAAGGAAAUUGAUUAGGAUUUGAUUUCUUAAAGCCCUCUAGGUCUCUAGAAACACUGAGGACAUUUUCUUUUGGAAAGAAACUAUGUUUUUUUUUUUUUUGUUUUGUUUUGGGGUUUUUUGUUUUUAAGUUUUUGUGGGUGUCUUUUUUGUUUGGGGUUUUUUUUUUGGUUGUUUUUAGGGUUUUUGUUUUGUUUUGUUUUUUUGUUUUGUGUUUUGUUUUGUUUUUUUUUUUUGCACAUUAAAAUGCCCUAGCAGUAUCUAAUUGAAAACCAUGGUCAGGUUCAAUUGUACUUAUAGUUGUGUAUUGUUUAUUGCUAUAAGAACUGGAGGUGAGUUCUGUAAAAAUGUAUCUUAUUUUUAUACAGAUAAAAAUUGCAGACACUGUUCUAUUUAAGUGGUUAUUUGUUUAAAUGAUGGUGAAUACUUUCUUAACACUGGUUUGUCUGCAUGUGUAAAGAUUUUUACAAGGAAAUAAAAUACAAAUCUUGUUUUUCUAAA